CCAUGGCGUUUGCCGUAAUGGAGGAGAGGGAAAACCAUGACGACCCUGACAAUGAAGUUGUUUCCAUCUGCACCUGUUCACGAUACUUUCCUACGACACCAACAAAUUCAUCUCACUUCCCGCACUCAACGCCAUCGCCGAUUUGAUUUCUCAUUACAGGUUUCACCAUCAAAUGAUGAUUCAAAAAAUAUAACUAGUACUAUUAACAUGGAAAGUUCAUCAGAAGAAGAGGAAGUUCACAAAAUUGUUGAUGGCAUGGAUUUUGGUGAGCUUUGCAAUGAGUUUGAAUGUAUUAGUAGUCCGUCUGUGGAAUCUACUGCUAGACAAUUAGCUCGUGAUAUUCUUGAGAUGCGACAACGCAAUCGUGCACUAGGAACCUUUUCAGUUUCUGUCAAAUACAAGGAUCCAGUUAGAUCGUUUACGGGCCGUGAGAAAUAUAAGAGACCGCUGUGGGUGACCGACGCGUUAGAGAAACCCUCGGUGACAGUGCAAGAAAUGGUGAUGCUGUCUACUAGCGUGUUGAAUAUCAGAUGGACACUCAGAGGGAAGUCUAAAUCUUUGAGUAUAGGAGGAGAUGUUAUGGUAAAGGUGACAUCUCGGUUUACUCUAAACCAGAUAAGUGGCCAAGUGAUAGAGCACGAAGAGCUUUGGGAUUUGUCUGAUUCAUCCGCCAUUGCUAAGGCUUUCUUUUGGAGUUCACGCCGGCUAUAUGCUACAGUUGAGGCUGCAAAAGAUACCACUGAAAAUCUUAAGAAUAGUGCCAAGAGAUUUUCACCGGAGAAAGAAAAUGUGGAGAUAUAUCCAGAUCCUUCUGGUGAUCCAGCAAAGUUCUUUCAACAAGACGACGGUUUCCAAAGAGAUGUAUACCAGAUUGGGCUGUUUCUAGCAGUAGUCUAUUUGGUUGUACAGUUCUUGAAGACAACCCUGUGAAGGUACAAUGCAUCCUCACCACCAAUCCCUUCACCUGUGACAAAUUGUAAUUAUUGAAACAUAUUACUAAAGUAUAUGCAGCACAUUUUUGUGUUAUCCUAUUUUUCUUCUCUCAGUCUCGGCCUCGCCCAGCUACAAAACAUUCAUUCUCCUCAUUGUUGGUUUUCUCAUCACAGUUUGUGCAGAUAUGCUUUUACUUUUUA